AUGGAUUCUCAGGUCGUGGGCGUUCUGGGUGGUGGACAGCUAGGCCGGAUGUUGGUCGAGGCUGCCCACAGACUCAACAUCCAGGUUGCCAUUCUGGACGGUGACAACACCCCGGCGAAGCAGAUCAACCUCGUAGCCUCCGACAAGCACGUCACCGGGUCGUUUGCCAACGCCUCGGACGUCAAGGCUCUUGCCAGCAACUGUGACGUUCUAACUUAUGAAAUCGAGCACGUUGACACCAAAGUCUUAGAGGAGCUCGACCAGGAAAAGCCUCAUGUCCAAGGCACGAAAUGGUCACGAAUUCAACCCAGCUGGAGAACGGUUAGGACCAUUCAGGACAAGUUUGCUCAAAAGCAACAUUUCGCAAAGUUUGGUAUUGCCACUGCCAAAUCCAUCGCAGUCGGCACGUCUCAUCCACAGGGCCUCAAGGAGAUCGCCGAUCAGAUUGGUUAUCCAUUCAUGCUAAAGUCUCGCACGGAAGCCUAUGAUGGAAGGGGCAACUAUCCGGUCAAGUCGGUGUCGGAAGUUGAACCUGCAUUGGCCGCAUUGGACAAUCGACCUCUUUAUGCAGAGCAAUGGGCAAACUUUCGCAUGGAACUGGCAGUCAUGGUCAUCAAGAAAAGUCAAGACGCCUCCGCGGAUUCCUGGGAGUCGGCUACCAUCGCCUAUCCCGCCGCGGAAACCAUACACGAGGACAGCAUCUGCAAACUGGUUUAUGUGCCAGCUCGUGGUAUCUCGUCACAGAUCGCUCAAGCGGCGCAAAAUCUGGCGCGGCGUGCAGUCUCUACAUUUGCUGGCACUGGUGUCUUCGGUGUGGAGCUAUUCUUGCUCGAGGACGAUAGCUUGGUGAUCAACGAGAUCGCACCACGUCCACAUAAUUCGGGUCAUUAUACUAUCGAAGCCUGCCACAUGUCCCAGUAUGAAGCACAGAUACGUGCUGUCCUCCCGAAUCUAGCAUCCAGGUUUCCCGAGGGCUGCACUGAUCUGGCAGUCCCUGCUGUCGUCAUGCUAAAUAUUUUGGGUGGUCCAGAGCCAACUUCUCACUUGCUGAUCGCUGAUGCCGCUCUCGAUGUUGCAGGGGCCAAAGUUCACCUGUACGGGAAGGGAGAUGGCCGCCCCGGUCGGAAGAUGGGACAUAUAACCCUAGUAGGGUCUUCCAUGUCAGAAUGCGAAACCAAAAUGCACUCCCUGAUUCAGUUGGCGGAUGCGGUUCGAGCCCAUCGGAAAGACGCAUCCGGAUCGACUGCCGCCGACAUCAAAACGACUGCCAGCGCACUCCAAAAGUCCAACCCUGCCCCUGCACCAAGCUCCAUCAUCGCUGUGGUCAUGGGCUCUGACACCGACCUGGCCACCCUGAAGCCGGGCCUCACUCUCUUGGACGAGAUGGACAUCCCAUACGAAGUGACCAUCACAUCUGCCCAUCGCACUCCACAAUAUAUGCUCGACUUCGGCAAGGCCGCGGCUGCCCGGGGACUGAAAGCCAUUAUUGCAGCCGCCGGCGGCGCGGCGCAUUUGCCGGGGAUGAUGGCCUCGGUAACACCUGUGCCCGUGAUCGGAGUUCCAGUCAAGGCCAGCAGCUUGGACGGCCUUGACAGCUUACUCAGUAUUGUUCAGAUGCCGCGAGGUAUUCCAGUGGCGACCGUGAGUAUUGGAAACAGCAUCAAUGCCGCAUUGUUGGCUGCUCGAAUCGUGGGCACGAGUGACAAACGAGUGCAACAAUGGGUUCAACAACAUCUGCAGAGGAUGGACGACGAGAACAUGGCCAAGGGUGAACGGCUGGGGAGGGAGGGCUGGAAGGUGUACAAGAAGCUUGACUCUUGA